CUAGAUUUAAGUUAGAUGCUAAACCCAAUGACCAGUGACUGCCUAAGAGAAAGAAGAGGAAGAUUUGAGGCUCAGAGACACACAGUGGACACAGCCAUGUGAAGACAGAAGCAGAGAUUGGAGUUGUCCUGCCAUAAGUCAGAGAAUCCCAGGAUCCAUGGGAACAUAGAAGAAACAAGGAAGGACCCUUUCCUAUAGCUGCAGAGGGAGUAUGGCCCUGUCAUCACCUUGAUUUCAGGCUUUUGGCUUCAAAACUGGGUUUACUGUCUCUCCUGUCUGGAUGGAAAGUCCCGUGAAGGGAAGAGCUCACCCACCUUUGUCACCUACGCUUGGUGCUCUGUCAGAGCCCAACGACAGGGGCUAUGUCAUUGUCACUUCUGUGCAAUCUGUGGGGAAAGACAAGUGUAUGUGUGGGAUCAAGAGGGUUUCUUCUCAAGAUGGAUUUGCAUGUACUUGACUUUUAAAGAAAAAAGGAACAAAAAAAAAAAAAAGAAAAAAGAAAAAAAAAGGAACUGAGAAUCCCCAGACCCCUAAGUAGGAGGGACCUCAGCAGAAGCUACCAAGUCCUGGUUGCCAUUCUCAGCUCCUUAUGCUACCCACAGCCAUGUACAGCCUGUAUACCAACACCAAGCACCGAGGCCCAGCAGGAUCCAUGGAGGAGGAGGAGGAAGAGGAUGGAGAUGACUAUGAGAACACAGCACCACCCUAUAAGGACCUUCCUCCAAAGCCAGGUCCAGUUGCUCCACCGAGGGCCCCCAAGGCAGGAAAGAAAAUGGAGAACUGCCCUCUUCCUCGAAAGCCCCUGGAGAUCACAGCCCUGGACCUCCCUCCAGUCACCUGCACAUCUAAUCCCUUGGGUGUCACCCCUGGGGAGCCUCCUCCAUUCCCACCAUCCCUAACCACUCCAGCUCCAGCAACUCCAGGGCCCUGGACCAGUCAGAAGUCCAGGGGUUCUGGGUGUCCCCGGGAGGAGAGGUUGCUGAUGUUCCUGUGUCUGCUGGUGGCGACUUCACUGCUCUUGAGUGGUGUCAGUCUGACCGUGGCCCUGCUUAAGUACCAGGAGGUGGUGGAGACACUGAGGAUGGUGUCUGUCCAGCAGAGGGCGUGGCAGGAGAACGUGACUGGCAUGGUAGGGCUGGCAGGCCUGAAGAAGGACAUUGACCAUGUAAGAGCUGACACAAACCAGUCCCUGGUGGAACUUCGGGCCUUAUUAGGAUGUACCAAGGUCACCUGCCCUGAUGACUGGCUUCCCUUUGAGAGCAAGUGCUACUACUUCUCCCCCAGCACCAAGUCAUGGGAUGAUGCCCGGAAGUUCUGCCAGGAGAACUACUCUCAUUUGGUCAUCAUUGAUAGCUCUGCUGAGCACAAUUUUGUGGCCAAGGCUCAUGGCUCUUCACGGGUUUACUGGCUGGGGCUGAAUGACAAGGACCAAGAAGGCAACUGGAGGUGGCUAGAUGGCUCUCCUGUCACAUUAAGUUUCUGGGAACCACAGGAGCCCAACAAUGCCUUUGGAAGAGAAGACUGUGCCAGCAUGAAUAAAGGUGGCAGCUGGAAUGAUCUCUCUUGUGCCACAACUACGUAUUGGAUUUGUGAGCGGAAAUGUUCCUGCUGAAGCCCAGGGUUGGAGCUGGGGUCUAUACUCAAGCAUACUGGCUCUUGGAGAGGAGUCUCCUGCUCUUUCAUGAUAGGCUCUGCCUCUUGGUGAAUUCACAUGGACUGGAAGCCUAGUCAUAGCAAGUUCCCUGCAACACCAGCCAGGCCAUCUAUUUCAGGAUGGUGAGCUGGAGGAUGCUGGGUCUUGGUGGUAUGAUAUCUCCCAGUUCUGGGAUAUAGAAGACAUUCACCAGAUUCCUGAUCAUGGCCCUUGAGAUGCAGUGGUGAUCUAGGGGCUCUGGAUCUGACACUACAUCAGACUGACAAAUUCUGGAUCCUCUGAACCAUCAUAAGAUGGAACUGGGCUCCUCACCUCCCUGAUGUGAAGAGCUUCUGAGAAGUGGCUAGGGUAGAACAAUUUGAUGAUCAAUGUCCUCAAUGUCUUGGGGAAUAUUUGUACAAGUGAGGUGGCAGAAUUGGCCUCUUCCAAGAUCUGGGCUGUGGAAUUUUGAGAAAGGCAGAUCAGUUAAAAAGCGGAUUACACAUAGUGUAACCAGAUCCACAUGACAAUGAUGGAGGUUCCUGCCAACACGUGCCCUCGAGCUUGUGUAGAUUGUAAAAUGUUUGAUGAGGUUGUUAUCACUUCACAUCUGUGUGGACUUUUUUUGGCUGUUAGCUCUUGAAAUUUUUUUUUUUUUUUUGUAUUGGGGAUCAAACUUGGGACCUUGCGCCUGCAACCAGAACCACUGAGCUAAAUCCCUGGGCCCAAGCUCUUGCAAGGUUAGUGCUUCUCAAAUAUCACUUCCUUGAGUGGUGCUGGUCACUGUGUCAAUUUUAUAGGACUGUCAGGACCAAGUCAUUUUUUGUGUGUGUGAUCUUGGGGAUUGAACCCAAUUCCUUUGCACUGAGCUACAUAGCCAAACCCCCACCUUUAUUUUGAAACAGGGUCUCACUAAGUCUCAUUAAGUUGCCUAGGCUGGGCUUGGAUUUGCAAUCUGCCUGCCUCAGCCUCCCAGAAUGUUAGGAUUAUUAUUAUUAUUAUUAUUUUUUGAUUCUUGUGCCCUAUCUCCAAAUACACAUUCUGAGGUACUAGGGGCUGAGACUUUAACAUAUAUUUUGGGAGAGCACAAUUCAUCCCAUAAUAGCGACUAAACGCCAAACUCCCCAAUCUUUGAUCAUUAUAACAAACACUACCACCACCACCACCGCCACCAAUACUCAGAGGGCAGGUACCAGAGGGCUAACCACAUGCCACUCAACAUGGUAAUUCCUUUGGACAAUUCCUAAUUUUUUUCCCCCAGUAAUAAAACAUUUACUAGAGAGCAAUCAGAGGAAUGCACAUCUUAAAGAAACCUUCACAAAGUCACAAAAUUUGAAGUUCAUGUAUUUCUUUUCCUUUUAUGAACGAGAUAGAACAACAAUUAUCAGUCAUUUCAGCAAAAGAGUUCUAUUGAGGUAAGUUACAAAACAAACCCCCCAAAACCAAACCAAAUAAGAAGACACUACCUCAGGCCUGAAACAAUCCUGGAACCCCCUUCAGGAAAAUCAUUUCUCUUCAAUCAUAGAGGCUCUGAGAACCUCAGAAGCUGGGUCUAGAAGGUUGCCUCUUAUAUGUCUCAGGGCUGGAUACAAUCUGGAGAACUUGAGCAUCAUCUCUUGUUUAGAAUUGGGUGUCUCCCUUCCCUGCAAAUGUCUUAAAGCACCAAACUACUUUCCAACAUUCCCAACAGCUCAAUGGAUUGGGUGUGCAGAAGACAACUCCUAAAAAGGGGAUUGCCUGGCCAGCAGAGUGCUAAGAAAAAGAAUUUGAUUCAUAGAUGUUUAUAAGGUGACAUUUUAGUAAAAAAUAUAUGCUAUUUAGUAACCUGGAGUGAGUUUUGUGCCCUAUAAGGCCCUUUACACUUGAAGUGUCUUCUACUUACCCUCAUGACAACUCACCCAGAGCCAAGAGAAGCUUCCCAGCUCUCACUGCUUGCAGGGACCAAAGCAGCUUCCCAAGAAAGCAUCUGAACAAUCAUCCAUAUGAAGGUGUGAUGCCUCUGUGCUCCAGCUCUCCACUAAGGGCAGGGGUCCUCAUGCCUUGGACCCCAACCCCGCCCUGAGGUACCUAGUUACCAAAAUCUCUCUAAAAAUAAAAUUAAAGAACUGACUUCACACUGUAGCAAUACCCUCUAACUGUCCCAUUGACUCUUCUUUCAUUUGGGUGGCUCCAGGACAGCAAAACCGUCAGCUGUCUUAUUUGUCUUGCUGUCCAUCUUGUCCAUCUGGCUGUCCCCCUUGGGGUCCAUCUUGCUUUCACAAUUACAGCCUUCUUUCCUGCUUUCUCCAUUCCGACCAUCAUUUGUACCCUGGCUUUCCCCAUGCCGGCCUGCACUUCCUUCCUGCCUGUUCUCCCCGUGCCGAUGGCCAUCAGUAGAACAGCUGCUGCUGCUUUUUGGGUAGCAGUAUCCAUCUCCAUGGCGACCACCAUCUCCAUGAUGUGGGCUGUCGCCGUGUCCAUUGCCACUCUCACCGUGACUGUGAUGACUGCCACCCCAGUUCUCGGUAUCUCUCUCUCUUUUCCCAUGGUCACCCCCAAACCCGCCUCAGGUGUUAUUUCCUGAAACUGUGUUGUUGGCUCCCUGGGUGCCAACAGAAGGGUAUGUCACCAGAGCAUUGCUGAUAUUCCCAGCAUUGCCAAAGCCCAGGAUGCUCUUGGCAGCUCUGGCAAUAGGGCUGUCAGGACUGUUAUGGCCCUGCUGUGCUGAAUUAGUUGGAACAGAAUUCAAGCUUCCCUCACCAGUCCAUCCACUUGGUCCAGGAGCAGAGCUUCCAACCUUUUGAUUACUUAAACUGGCUGCAACAAAAAGACUCUUGUACUGUGACUGAAAAGCUGCUUUCAUUGCUGUCAGGCAAUCUCCCAUGGCUCCUGUGGAGGGCUUGUAGGCCUCAUAAUUACUCAUCACAUUGUUGUUAUUUCCUCCAUCUGUGUUCUCAGAGCUUAGGCCAGGCUGUUCCCUAUGGCCCAGGCCUCCUCCACCAAUGUUCAGCUUUUUGCCUUUCCCUCCUUUGAAGCAGGAUUUCUGAAACCAGGCCUUCUGCAUAGCAAGAGCUAGGAGUUCCUUGGAAGCAUGUUGGUGGGCUCCUUCCAAGUUCCGGAAAGGUCACCAGCAAAACUGCUGUCCUUGGGGGUCAGUAAGGUACAGGCCACACCCCUCUCACCAGCUCUUCCUGUGCGGCCAAUCCUAUGCGUAUGGGUAUCAAUGUCUUGUGCCACAUCAUAGUUAAUGACAGUCUUAAUUGAAGGAAUGUCCAGACCCCGGGCAGCAACAUCAGUGGCCACCAGGGCUGGGAUGUCCUUUUUCUUAAAGUCUGAAAUGACUUUGUUUCUUUCACUCUGGUCCAUGCCUCCAUGGAGCAGCCCAAGAUUAUGACCCUCCUGCUUGAGGUUAUUGGCUAGCUCUUCAGCGUUGGCUUUUUUUAAAAAAAGAAAUUAACUUUUAUUAAUAACUAGAUACAUAAAAAUGGACCAAAUAACAAAAAUAACACUGGGCUGUAGUUUAAGGGUUACAUGGCACACAGAUAAAUCCUCAAACAAAAUACCUUAAAGCGGUUGUUAUAUAACAGUUGAUAACCCUGAAAAUAUUUCACUCUUUGCAGAAUUCAAAAGCUUCAUUCUCUAUUCACUGCUAUUAUAUUUCACUGCCAAUUUGAAGGAAAUAAAUGAUUCUAAUCUUGGAUUUCACAAUCAGCUUUUAGAGUCAGUACGUAGUUGGUCUUUAAAAUGGUUGUAAUGCAGAUUAUUGUGUAAUUGUGGCAAAUGCCAAAAUAAUGUAAUUAAUCUUAACUACUUCACUAAAUUAAAGUGUCUCAGAGAAAACACAAAACAAGGCAACAUGUAUGAGCACAUAUAAAAUUUUAUAACUAAAUAUUUUUCAAAAAUUUGAAAUAGCAAAUAUCAAACCUGUUUAAAAAACCCACACCACAGCUUUGGCCAUAACUAGGAAAGUGUGAAGAAUGCAUUGCAUUGUACUUAAGGAGGGGCUUAUUGUCUUCAUCAAUUGGUCACUGAAAUUUAAAACAUGUUUUCCACUUCAAAGCUAUAAAGCUUAGUUUUGAAGCUAAUCAUUGCAGCUGUUUCCACUGUAGGCUUCUUGGUCUCAGGGACUAUGACUUUAUUGCUGUCAUCACUCAGCAACUGUGCUGACUACCUGAGGAGCAGCGAACACUUGCCACUGGUAGUGUCAGGUGGCUUAAAUAGAAUACCCGAAGCAAUCACACAUGACAGCGAUGGAGGCAAGUGCGGUUUGUUACUAGGUCAAUCCUUCCACAGAAUGGAGCUAUUUUCUUCAGGUUAGACAAGCAAUUGUUGAGGAACACAGGCCAUCUGUUCAGGAACAGCUGCUUCUGACUGACACAGAGCAGACAGGUCACCAGGGGGUACAAAGCCAAGGAAUGCUUCUUUCGAGAAGAAAGUUCCAGCAUGGUAUCAUAUAGACUUUCCACAAAGUUUUGGAGGCAGGGAACAUUUACUUCAUUUUUAACAGUAGCAGCAACUGGGACCAGGAUUUCCAUGAAAAGUCUAGGUAAGGCAUGUUUGAUAUCUUUGUCUUUGACCUCAAGGAAAUAAUGUGCACAUUCCUGCAUGAACUGAAGAGAGGCCUCAAAGUCCUCCACUGGAUACAUCUUAAUUCGAAAGAAUUUCAUCCCCAUUUUCAAGCUGAUAAUGCUUUGUACCACAUAUGGGCUGUGCUCUUUGUGCCGUAAUUCUUUUAGCUCUGCCAUAAAGUUUUUCUUGACCACAGGGAAUUUAGCUUGUGCCAACACUCCAAGGACUUCUGCAUACAGGUCGCCACAAUGUGCAUAUUGCCAGUGAUAGGACCAAGGUACCCUUCUUUGUAUUUAAAGUGCUUGAACGCCAAGUUAAUAACAUCAUGUAUUAAACUGUGUAUUACAAGAUGAAGUGGAAUCUGUUUCAAAACUUCUAUUAAUACUAAAGAAAAAAUAAAAUCAAUGGCGAGGUCCCAUCUUUCCAUUAAAUAAUCUCACUGCUGUUCAUCACUUUUCGAUUUAUUGCUUGUUCUUGGCUUAUAUUCAUGUGAUUCAUCCUCAAUGCCAUUUUGCCUUUUGUACCAGUCAAAUAAUGUUCAAAGAAUGGAAGGCAGGCAGUAUUCAGAGAGGGACCUCAUGGAGCUGAUGACACUUCUGGAGGCUAGAGUCCAACAUCAAGGCAAAAUGGCACCAUGAACACCAGUCCUCACAAGGUAGAAGGGUAAAGAGCAUUGGCUUUUUUAGUAACAAACAGUAGGACACUCCCUGAAGAAGUAAACUCCACCAGACGCCGGGUAAGCCAGUUCAAUUACUAGGCCCAGAAUGGAGAAUUUCCACACUCUGUGUCACAUCUUCAUUUGCCUUUCCAAUAUCUCCCUGCACCACUCGAUUAGGGUCAAUCAGGAGGUCUCUGGUCAAUUUUUCAAUCUUUUUUUGAAAAGUUGCACUGAAUAAGAGAGUCUGUCUGUCAGGACGGACAUGAUUUGCUAUGGAUCGAACCUGGUACUCAAAUCCCAUGUCGAACAUUCAAUCUGCUUCGUCAAACGCAAGGUAAGAGACUCUUUGAAGAUUAGUAGCUUUCUUCUUCACAUGAUCAAUCAGUUGACCUGCGGUACACACAACAGUCUCUGCCCCUUCCUGAAGGGCCUUGGCCUGCUCCCACAUGCUCCCUCCUCCAUAGACAGCCACUGAUCGAAGAUUAUAUGCUUUCCCAAACCACUUACAUUCAGCAUGGAUCUGCUGGCAAAGCUCCCUCAUUGGAUGCACACUCACUGCAAUUGGUCCAUCACCUGGCUCCAAUUCCUUCUGGUCCAUUAUAUGAAUCAACAUGGGCCAGAUAAAAGCUGUAGUUUUUCCACUGCCAGUUUUAGCACUAUCAAUCCUGUCUCUGCUGCUUAAUGCCACAGGUAUACCCUGGGACUGUAUUGGAAUGGGUUGUGUGUACUCAAGAUUUCCGAAUCUGGUGCAUAAGUUGUUCAUCAAACCCAAAAUGAGCAAAACUACUUCCUGGUCUGGGAGGUGCAGCACCAGAGACCUGAAGAUUGAGCUUAUGCCCAAUAUCUAUUAACUGUUGUGGAGUGAGGUUGGUUAUCGCCUCAUGUUCAUUGUAAAACUUUUUUUCAAACAGUGGGUAGUCAGUCUCUGAAUGAUCAAUGGGAGGAAGAGGGUCAAUUAUUUUUUGCGGGGUGCAAUUGGAUUUCCAUCACUAUCGUAUUCCAGAUUGUCUUCUUCCUCCUCCUGAACCACACCAGCAGUUGGGUUUUCUGCCAUGUAUCGAAAAUAAGCUUCUUGGUCAUCUUCCUCUUCAAUGUCAUCUCAAAUACCCUUUAUGUUUUUUCUUUCCUUGUCCUUUUCUUCGAGCCUCUUCAUGUCUCUAGCUGCCUGAUCCUCUACUUCAGCCAUAAAUGCCUCCAAG